AUGAGCCGAUUUGAAGAUGAGGCCGCCGCACCACCAAUGGGAGUUGGAGGAGAAACAGAUAGUGACGGAUAUGUUGCGCCUAAAUUAUACUGGAAAGCUGCGGUGACAGAUAGCGAAUCUGGAUUUGAAGACAAUGGUGGAUCAUCAGUCUCUGCGAAGCCAGUUUUAGCAAGACGAGAGGAAAAGUCAUCUGAUGGCGGUCGUAAUCGCGAAAUCAUCGCCAAAGAUGGACAAGACCAGCGAUACAUCGACGUCACAGACGCGCAAAUCGCCGAAAUGGAGCCCCUUGGAAGCAAAAAGGUCAAAUAUGAAGACAGAAACUACACCUUGAGCGCGUAUGCGAAGUUGACGAAGGUUCAAGUGACUAGUUCGGCCAAGCGAGUCAAGUAG